AUGGCGUCUCCCUCACCUCAGGAGAUGAUGGCCGCGCCGCGUUCCCAGGAACAGGAGAUGUCUCCGCCCUCCAUGUGUAGGUUCUGCCAUAUGAGCUUCAACACGGACGAGGAUCUGCGAGCCCACAAGAAGGCCAAAUUCCUGGAGGAGGACAAGGAUGAGAGCACGGUGGCGGUUCAUAUCUAUUGUCACGUUUGCGACAAGGACUUCAUGACGCGUGGUGCUGCGCGUCUUCACUACUGCCAGAGUGCUGCUGCACGCUGUCAAAUGAACAUCGAGUUCGCCAGGCGCCUCACCCUGCUUGAUGAGCAGCAGGGUACGGUGAGAGUCCCAAAGGACUUCUCCUUGUUCUUGGACCAUGACUCGCAGCCACCUCCUCAGCCAGUUUGGAAGACCGAAGCCGAGAAGAAUCCAUGGACCCAGCCAAAUGCGAAGGGCUGGGGCACAGCAGAUGCCGUGUCGAAUCCUGGCGAGAUCUCAGGAAUCGCCUACCAGGACCGCCUUUGCGGAAACCGCAAUGUCCCUGACCUUCUCACGGGCGACGCGAAAAACCCACCUGGCGAGAGGCAGGCCCGCCAGAUUACUGACCACCACGACCCUGGCCACCCUCAAUUUGAUGCUGAUCGGUAUCUCAACCCCUACACCCAGAAGUAUAAAUGUCCCAAAUGCGGAGCUUCAUGCAAGACCAAGAAGAACCUGGUUCACCAUCUUCGCUCCAUCAAGCAUACGGCCAAUAUGGAAGAGAAAACCUUCAUCUGCCCGGUCUGUUAUGACCGCUUCGAGUCACGAUUUUCCCUUGCUGCCCACGUUGAGUCGCUCAGCCGGAAGUGUAGCAUUCGUGACAGCGGCAUCUACGAGAUCUUUCUAAGCCAGUUGACCUGGGAUCUCAUCGAGGUCACGGGCAGACACGACGAGGAUGGCACCCCAGUCUACGACGUCUCGGCCAAGGCGAAGGCCGAGUAUGGUGAUCCGAAGCUUGCCCAGCAGGGCUAUAGCCAACAAGCCGGCCGUGCGCCCGGUAGCCCUCCCGAUACUCCACGUCUUACGCGGGACGCCUUGGUCAAGCUUCAGCAAGAGCAUCAUGGCAUCCCGCCCGGCAUGUCGCUCAGCAGAGCGACCGACCGACAGACGUACCUAGCAGAGAUGGAUGAGCAGCUGAGCGUCAAGUACCCGGCCAUGGCUCCAUCUGCCGUCGGCCCCAGCGACCCGUUUCGAACUCAGCAGGCGGCUGCUGAGGACCCCUCCGACCAGAAUGCUGCGGCACAGGGUGCCUCCGGUCAUCGCGCCUCGCUGCAGCAGGCACAGAAAACCCAACAGCUGCCACAAGAGCAAGACAAAAAUGACUGUGGCGUGAGCCUGACGUCUGAGGCACUUGCGUUGCUCAACAUCCAGUCGGCUGGAAAGGGAGGACUCUGGGAUGCCUGGAUGUGA